GGCGAUGGCGGCCGUACGGGGCCUGCGAGUGUCGGUGAAGGCGGAGGCCCCGGCGGGGCCGGCCCUGGGGCUCCCGUCGCCCGAGGCGGAGUCCGGUUUGGAGCGUGGCGAGCCGGAGCCCAUGGAGGUGGAGGAGGGCGAGCUGGAGAUCGUGCCGGUUCGGCGCUCGCUUAAGGAACUGAUCCCGGAUACAAGCAGAAGAUAUGAAAACAAGGCUGGCAGUUUCAUCACUGGAAUUGAUGUCACCUCCAAGGAAGCAAUUGAAAAGAAAGAACAGCGAGCCAAGCGCUUCCAUUUUCGAUCUGAAGUAAAUCUUGCCCAAAGAAACGUAGCUCUGGACCGGGACAUGAUGAAGAAAGCAAUCCCAAAAGUGAGACUAGAGACAAUCUAUAUUUGUGGAGUGGAUGAGAUGAGUACACAGGAUAUCUUUUCCUAUUUUAAAGAAUAUCCUCCAGCUCACAUUGAAUGGUUGGACGAUACCUCUUGUAAUGUGGUUUGGUUGGAUGAAAUGACAGCCACACGAGCUCUUAUCAAUAUGAGCUCUCUGCCAGCCCUGGAUAAGAUAAGAAGCAGGGAUGCCAAUGAGGACAAGUCUUCUGAGAAAAGUAAAAAAGACAAGCAGGAAGACAGUUCAGAUGAUGAUGAAGCUGAAGAAGGAGAAGUUGAAGAUGAGAAUACAAGUGAUCUAGAGUUGGACACAUUGUCUCAGGUAGAAGAAGAAUCGCUGCUAAGAAACGAUCUUCGUCCUGCUAACAAACUUGCUAAAGGAAAUAGGUUAUUCAUGAGAUUUGCUACAAAAGAUGACAAGAAGGAACUUGGUGCCGCCAGAAGAAGUCAGUAUUACAUGAAAUAUGGGAAUCCAAAUUAUGGAGGCAUGAAAGGAAUUCUUAGUAACUCUUGGAAGCGAAGAUAUCAUUCCCGUCGCAUUCAGCGGGAUGUGAUCAAGAAGAGAGCCCUGAUUGGGGAUGAUGUUGGCUUGGCGUCCUAUAAACACCGACAUUCCGGACUAGUGAAUGUUCCAGAAGAACCCAUUGAAGAGGAGGAAGAGGAAGAAGAGGAGGAGGACCAGGACAUGGAUGCAGAUGACAGGGUCGUGGUAGAGUACCACGAGGAGCUCCCAGCACUCAAGCAGACCCGGGAGCGGAGUGCUUCUCGGCGGUCCAGUGCCAGCAGCUCAGACUCCGAUGAAAUGGACUAUGAUCUAGAACUGAAAAUGAUUUCCACUCCUUCACCAAAGAAAAGCAUGAAAAUGACUAUGUAUGCUGAUGAAGUGGAAUCUCAGUUGAAAAAUAUUAGGAACUCCAUGAGGGCAGAUACUAUAUCCACAAGUAAUAUCAAAAACCGAAUUGGUAACAAAUUACCGCCUGAGAAGUUUGCAGAUGUCCGACACCUGUUAGAUGAGAAGCGUCAGCAUACACGUCCAAGACCAGCGGGCAGCAGUACUAAAUCAGAUAUACGCCAGCGGUUGGGGAAAAGGCCACAUUCUCCAGAAAAGUCUUUUGGUGGUAAUCCAGUUGUGCGGAGAGAACCCUUUUCUGAUGUGCAUAGUAGGCUCGGUGUUCCCAGGCAGGACAUUAAAGGCCUCUACUCUGAUACUCGGGAGAAGAAAUCAGGGAGUUUAUGGACUCGCUUAGGAUCCGCACCCAAGACCAAAGAGAAGAACAUGAAGAAAAUGGAGCACAGAGCGCCUGGCACUGAGGAAGAUGACUCUGAGCUGCAAAGGGCAUGGGGUGCUCUGAUCAAGGAGAAAGAACAGUCUCGACAAAAGAAGAGCCGCUGUUACCAGCACCCUUUUCCCAAGAAAAGUCAAUUCCCAGGUGCUUAUUGGACAGCCUUCGAGGGGGAAGAUGAGGGAAGCUGCCAGCUCACCCUUCCAGGACCCUAGUGUGGGGCCGAAUCCCAUGGACCUGCCCUCAGAGGUGCGCCAGUGUCGCCCAGGUAGAUGAGAGACUCGGCGUGGUCGCGCCCACCCUCCCUGGGGACUCCGUUAGGGGCCUCUUGUUAGCCAUCAGCUUGAAGUGAGGCUCAAGUUCAGUGCUGUGGGAUUUUUAGGAACAAAAAACUGUGACUUCUGGAUUUGGGGUGGAUUUUUGUGCUAGGGGUGGGGUCAUGGGUUCAUGUUGAACAAUUUUUAAGUCUGUAUUAUGUUAAAAAAUAUUAAUGAUUUAAAAGUUUAAAUUUUUAAUUUUUAUAUGUGAAAAUACUUCCUGUUGGCUACAAGGGAAGCUCAAGUGGUGUCUUCUUACGUGCUGUUAAAUAUAUAUUAUAUACUUUAGAAGAAGGCAAAGAGAGGAGUCUCAUUAUUUUUAAAUGACCCUAAUUGUAUAGUCUGUUGUACAGAGUUUAACUUGUUUCUUGGCCGCUGAAGGGGGACAAAAAUCCAUCCAUCGGAGAUGGCGUUCUCUUGUUUAUUAAGGAUCACUUUAGAAAUGAUACACUGAUACUAUCUUUCUGUCUCCAAGUUGUGGCAUGUGAAUACUUCUUCAGAACUGGCGAAUAGCAUAAUAUAGAACUUUUAGUUCAAGUUAAUGUCUAACUGUCAGAUUAUGCUAUCCCAGAAAGGUGGUAGAUUACUUUGACUUCUUAUCUGAGUUUUAUUUUGAAGUAGUUAAUGUUUGUAUUUCUCUGCAGGCUUCAAACUAGGGUUUCACUUCUAUUCACUAGAACUUUCAAGCGAGAGAUGGUAAGCCCUUGUUUGUUUGUGAUGUUUUCGGUCCUCAUCCAGGGCAGCCCUGGAUUCCAGGCGUCUUUGCCAGCGGCUGGGCAGAUGGCGUCGUGGCUGCGCGCUCUGUGGCGCGACGGGACGUGGGGCUGUUGUUAGUGAAGUGGGACUCGUGAGCUGCAGUGACAGGGCACUGUUCCUACUUUGUGGGUCAGCCUUCUUUUCCUCCUUCCCCUCUGGAAAGACUAGAGCUCGUGAGCUGAUUCUGCUUGCUCCGCUAGUUGAGACCUAAGGCUCAGGUUUCUCAGCUGCUCUUGCCCUGUGAAACACACCGCUGAGAGUCUGGACUUGGGGAGUUGGUAGAGUGAGCAGUGCACAGGCCUGGGAGUCAGAGCCCCGAAUGCAGCCCCUUGCUCUGCUCCUCGGCCUGGGCCUCAGUUUAGUUACUUAGCAAAUGGUUGGGUUGGCACCAGAGUCUCUGGCUCCUGUUGGUGCCUCGGUGGUGCUCUGCUCUGCCCAUGCCUGGACUGCACGGGCUGCUGGCACUAGUUGCUGUUGCAGGUGGGGGGAAGCAUCAAGGACACAGCUCAGGGCACCCCCCACCCCCCAGCCCCGUCUGACGUGCUAGUGCGUCUUUGUGACCAGGGUGCGUGGUCUCUGCUGUGCUCAGAAAAUGCCCCUUCUUAGGCUUCUCUAGUGUGGCCCUUUCCCACCAGGUCAUGCACAUCUGCCCUGUGGCCUUUUUGCUCUCAGCAGUCUCUGGCUAGAGGUCAAGAAGACUUUCUGGAAGGAUGGUGGUAUGGAAUUAAAACUGGGUCUUUAAUAUAACCAAGGAAAACACUUCCGUGACCUUUCCACAACUCUCAAAAACACACAGAACCCAGAAGAGUGUCUUUAAAGAUUUAUAGUUAUUUCCCAAAGUUUUCAGCUUUUCCUGUCUCACUCUCCAGCCUACCCUCAAGCGUCCAGAUCGUGCAGUUGCUUAGGUGUACCCUGGAGGCCACGGGCCUGAUGCUGGCGUUGGAGGGUGGGGGGGCAGGCUAGUCCCCCGGCAGAUAGCCUAGUAUGAUCUGGUCCUGGGCCCUCCUCAGCAUGUGGGCAGCGGGGCUACAUAGUUUUCCUGUGGGCAGGAACCUGAAAUUUUAAAGUACGUUUUUGCUGCUUGAUAAUAAUUACAGAUACCUCAUUUCUGUUUCCCACGCUCUCUUGGAAGAGGUAGCAACCACCCAGGAGAACUUGUGAAGCCCCCGUAGCCUUCUGUAGCCUAAGCCCAGAAAAACCUCCCCUAAGUUCAACUACUGUCUCCUUCCCCACCCCUGUGGUAACCUCCCCACUGGCCUCUUCCCUCUGCUUUCCUCCAUUCUGAUGUGGCAGCCGAGAUAAACUUUUGUUGCUUAUUGAGAUGAGUUUAUGUAGUGUAUAGGUCCCCCUUUCAAAGUGUACCUCUCACUGGAUUCUAGUCUACUCACAGAGUUGUACACGUCGCCACAGUCAAUUUUAGAGCAUUUCCAUCACCAAGAAGAAUCCGGACCGUGAGGAGGCGCGCCCCACGCCCCUGCUCUCCCUCCUGCUCAGGCAGCCACUAACUACUUUCUGUCUCUGAACAUUUCAUAUAAACGGCAUCAUCCACUCUGGCCGUCUGUGACUGGCUUCUCUAUUAAGCAUCUUUGAGGUCUAUCCAUGUUGUGGCGUGUGUCAAUAAUUCAUUUCUUUUUGAAUCACGUGAAUAAUAAUUCCUUUGGAUGGCAUAACACAGUUUAUCCGUUUGCCUGUUAGUGGACAAUUUGGGUUAUUUUCAUUUUCUGGCUAUCAAAAACAAACACACACACACUAUCCUGAACAUCCUUAGACAGCUUGGGUGUGGACAUGAGUUUUGUUGCUCUUGGGCUGUUUACCGAGACGUGGCAGUGCUUGGCCAUAGGUAACUCUGUCGUGACCUCUUAAAGUUCUGCCAAACUAUGUUUCCAAGCGAUGGCAUCAUUUUCCAGUCUCCCCAGCAAUAUAUUAGGGUUCCAGUUUUUCCACAUCCUCAUCAGCAUUGGCUAAUUUUCAGUGUGAAUUGGUAUCUUAUUGUGGUUUUGAUUUGCAUUUCUCUGAUGACUAAUGAUGUUGGGCAUUUUUUCAUGUGCUUUGGGAUGAAUUUUACUUAUUCCCGUGCUUAAAACCCUUCUCAAACUUCACUAGUGUCUUUGGCAUAAAUUCUGAACUCUGAUCACUGACAGGCUGACCAGGUAGUAUCUCUGGUAGUAUCUCUAGUCUCUGGUAGUAUCUCUGGCUUGCUGUCCCUUCCUCCCUUGCUGUCUGCCCACUGGUUCUCUGGAUCUGUCUGGACCUCACCACCUUUCCAGACUGCUCAGUGCUCUUCCCCUUCUGACACACUUCCCCAGCCCUCCUCGGCCUCUCCUUUUCACGUCAUCCUCAAGUCUCAGACCUCUCCGUGAUGUUACCCCUGACUUCAGAACCAGGUUGACCUGGCUGUGUUUCAGGGUACUACCUCGCAGUAGUGUCAGCUCCCUGCAGAGUAAGGGAAAAUUGGAGUGUAGUCGGAAUUCCUCCAGCAAAGCCCGGGAAGGUGCAGUGUGGAAGAGCAGCAUGCUGCAGUGCGGCCUGAGUGUUUCCUACCCUGUGGCUUUGAGUGUGGCUUUUUUGGGUGAGUACCAGGCGAAUGGUCAGCUUCCCUUUAGGGUCAUGGUGUAUGAACAACACUUAUUUUUUAAGUGUUGGAAUAGCACUCAAGUAAGCAGCUCACUUUGAAGAGACCCUUGGGAGCUGAGGCCACAGGAGCAGCAGCGACAAGCUUACCACAGGGUCAUCUGCCCAUCUGCUCAGUGAGUGGAAGAGCAGGCAGAGUGGCUUUUCCUUUUUCCUUAUCUUUUUAAAUUAAAAAAUACUUUUUUUUUUUCAGGCAAAUGCCGUCAUGCUUGCCUCAGUAAGAUGUGUGUCUAAUGCCAGCUGUCUAUCUGUAACCCCAUGCCAGCAGACCUGUACCCUGGGUAUAAUUCCCUGUUACUCCUCUGUCUCCUUGCCAGACUGUAAGCUCCGGGAGCAGGGAGCACGUCUGUUUGUUCACGGGGCUGCCCCAGGCCUAGGGCCGCGCCUGACACCAGGCAGCUGCUCCGUGAAUGUGUGAUGCGUGUAGAACCCCCCCGCCCGGCCUCAGGAACAGCUCCUUUCCAAGGCCUUAUUAGGCCAGUCCUUAUUGUUCCACUUUGUACUCCCAAUACUUUAUUUUCAUUUUUUUUCCUUCUAGCCUGUGAGCUCCUAGUGAGCAGGUAUUUUCAUGUUGUUACCGCUGUAUUCUCCCACCAGGCUAGUCCAGAGUAAGCAGUGCAUAAAAAGUGACAGAAAAGGAAUGCAUGGUGGUGACCCAGCCCAGCUCUGACACCUUUCUGCAGGCUAGUCUAACUAGCUGAGACCAUCAGAUUCAAAAAGAGGAAGAUCAUCUAGAAGUGUGCAAGCUGCUUAUAAAUGAAAGCAAUCUCAACUGACCUCCGUAAAAUUAAAAUUGUGAUGAUUUAUUUGCUUGAGCUAAGGCUUACCCAUCUCUGUAAAGGAGUAUCAUGUAGGUAAUCCAAUAUAUAGUUUUAGAAAGCAUUCACCUGCCCUGGGAGAAGAGGAAAGAAAGCCAGGGGUAGAUGAGAGGACUCUUGUCCUGUUGGUGAGGAAAGUGAGGGCAGCCCAAGGAGACGAAGAGAAACUUUCCCUGCAGCACCUCUCUGCCAGCAGCGGCAUUCUAACCUUGUGGUGAAAUGCUGACGAGGCGAUUUAGAUGGCAGCUAGCAGCAAAUCAUGGCGUACAGAUUAAUCGCUGCACAAAUAAGCUUGAUGUAUUAGCAAUUGCUUUUAAACCUUCUAUCACAAAUUAGAACUGUCUGUGAGGCAGUUAAGCCAUUCUUUCUUUUUAGAAUUAAAAAGUCAAUGUUUUUGGUAAUCGUGAGAAUAGCAUACUUGCUUCAAAGAAGAUUGUCACUGCAUAAUCUGAUCAAGUAAUCUACAACUUUUCUUAUGUGUUUAUAAAAUAAA